GCUGGGAAGCGCCCGACACGAGGAGCAGUGGGGCAAAAUGGUGACUCUGAGCGACUUCCAAAGGGUUGGUGUGGGGCUGGUCGGCUUCGGCAUCUUCUUCAUCCUCUUUGGGAUGCUCCUAUACUUCGACUCGGUGCUGCUGGCCUUUGGGAACAUCCUCUUUCUCUCCGGUUUGGUCUUCAUCAUCGGCUUCAGGAGGACCUUCACCUUCUUCUUCCAAAGGCAAAAGAUGAAGGGCAGCAGCUUCUUCCUUGGGGGGGUCCUCAUCGUCCUCAUGCGGUGGCCGCUCCUGGGGAUGCUGCUGGAAGCUUAUGGCUUCAUCACACUCUUCAGGAGUUUUUUCCCCGUGGCUUUUGGCUUUUUGGGCUCGCUGGUGAAUAUCCCUGUUCUGAACAAGCUCUUGGAGAAACUGGGUGACAGCAGCUCCAUAGUGUGACCACGGGAUGGAUAAUGUCACAGGUGGGACAGCACCAGUGGUCCUUCAGUCCUGCUGGGGGUUGGAGAUGGUUGUGCUGCAGGGAUGGUGCCUCGCAGGCUGCGCCAGGCAGGCUUUGUAAUUAUUAUUAUUAUUAUUAUUAUUAUUAUUGGUGUUGUUGUCUUUCCCUCAUGAGAGCUGGAUUUCAUUUUAAAAAGUGUGUCUGAGACUGUACUGAGGCUUUUUUUCUGGGGUUUGGAGCCUACUUUUAGUGCCACUAAGAAGCAUCAUGGCCAUGGCUGGAGGUGACAUGGAGACCUUCCCAUGGCCAUGGAGGUGACAUGGAGACCUUCCCAUGGCCAUGGCUGGAGGUGACAUGGAGACCUUCCCAUGGCCAUGGAGGUGACAUGGAGACCUUCCCAUGGCCAUGACUGGAGGUGACAUGGAGACCUUCCCAUGGCCAUGGAGGUGACAUGGAGACCUUCCCAUGGCCAUGACUGGAGGUGACAUGAAGACCUUCCCAUGGCCAUGGAGGUG